AUGACUAAAGACAGCGACUACAGUAAAUACGAUUUAGCACGGCUGCAGGCAGAACUGGAGCAAGAAAGAGAGAUGAAAGAGAUGCUGAAGGAGUCGGUGUCUGAUCUCCGGAGCACGAUGAGUGAGCUGCAGGACAGACUGCACAGUGUGGAUGGAGAGGAAAAUGAGUGGAAGACAAGAUAUGAGACACAAAUAGAGCUAAAUGGACAACUGGAGAGACAGAUCUCACUCAUUCAUGAGAGACUGGAGGACAUAAGAGGAAACCCAGUGGAUCGAUUGGCUUCUAUCAGAUCUUAUGACGACAUGUCAAUCGAAACCCUGAGACGGAGCCUGGAGCUGCUGACUGAGGAGAAGUCCGACCUCCAGAGACAGCUGAUGGACUGUCAUCUGCAGAUUGAACAAGAGGGAAAGGCAUUUCACAAAACCAAUGAUGAGAGACGUGCAUACCUGUCAGAAAUCGGCAAGCUAUCUUCUACCCACGAAGCCCAAAGAAGACAGUACUUGACUCGGCCACAGAGGGCGCCACAGACCAAACACACUAAAGGGAAACAGUCCAGCAGGAAGGCAGAGGCAGAUUGCAAGAAAGGCAAAGAGGGACAAGAAGAUGGAGGAGUGCGUGUGAAAGGAGGAGGAGGAGGUGGAGGAGGAGGAGGAGGAGGAGCGACAGCAGAGAGAAGAGAAGACAAGAAAUCCCAAAGAGAGAGAAGGUUACCCUCCCUGAAGCACUACGUGAAACAUGGUCCUUAGCCGAAACUGGGUGUUAUUGCCCCUUUUUAAAAGAGGUAAUGUUGUAAUGUUUCCCACUGCUGCUGUUGGGCAU